UGCGUUAAUUUAGUCAGUUGGUAGCAAGCAGUGCUAACGUUCACAUCGGUGCUUGGAAAAUCAUAUCGUGUCCUCGUGGUUAUCUCGUGCUUUGUCGUCGCGAUAUCGAGCCAGUCGAUCAGUUGCAAUUCGUACUUCGUCGAGUGAUGUUGUGCUAGGCAGAAAGGUGGGCUGGUAGAAAGGUGAAUAAAGAAACUUACAAAGGAAACCGAAUCAACAGAAGAAACAAACAAAAUCGAGUGCGUUUGAAGUGGUUUGAGUGUUUGCCGCGUGCUUUAAGGGGGGAGCUAAAUUAAAAAGUGAUUACGCGCGAGUGUAGUUUUUCCGCCUCCCCCAUCACAACAACAGCAGCAACAACAAACCCCGAAAAGUAAUUAAUAUUUUCCGCAACUACCAACAGCAAGUAAGUGCAAAAGACUUUCGUGCGUCAGUUGCAAGGCAAGUUCGUUCGUUUGGUCAAAACAGUUGGUCAUACUACUAGGGAUCGUGCGAGGCUGUGGUUGGUGUACGGCGCCUCGUUGAUGUGCAAGCGUUCCGGCGGCUAGUUUUGUGUCAUCCUUCAGCCGAACAGGUGGUCUGUGAAAGUGUGGUCCUGCUGCUGAAUUUUGAUUACGCUUGUCCAGCAGGCCUGCAAGUAACGUGUCGUCUAGUCUCCUUCGGUGAAGCAAACGAAGGACCUGUGUUAGUAGGUCGUCGCCAAUACCGGACAUGAGUGCUAAUCGACAGCCGCCAUCGGCAUCGAUUCAGCAGUAGUUCCCAUUUCCUGUAUUUGUGUGUGUGUGUUUGUGUGUGUUUAGACAUUGUUUUCCCAACCACAAGAGGUACAGAAAAUCAACACAUCCUUUCUCGGCGUGCAAGUGAGUUUGAAUUCGUCGGUUGGGCAGAAGAUGAUGUCCCAGCAUCUUAAUUCGAUGCUGGAGCACCUCAAGAUGGGUUCAUUGAUGAGCAAGAAUAGCUCGAGCGGUAAGCAGCCGCAACAGCAGCAGCAGCCGUCGCAGCAGCAGCAGCCGCAACAGGUUGUACCAUCGUCGUCCGCCAACGGGACCAUUCCCGCCGGUGCGAAUGGCGCCCCCAAUGGUAGCUGUGCGAACAACAACGUGCACUGCAACCAUCACAGCAGCCCGGGCGCAACCCACCACAAUAACAACAACAAUACGAGCAGCGUCAACCACAACAACAACUGCCAGAACGGUGGUCCGCUCGUGGCGAGUGGCAAGGUGGCCGCUGGUGGUGGUGGUGAUACGCAGACCGUGCUGGUAACGGAGCGGCGCGAAGUGGCCGAAGGUCGCGAAAGCAGCAAGGGCAACCACGUUGGCGAGGAACGGCGCGGCUACGAUAUGUCACGGAAGCGGUGCAGCAUAUCGGUGCAGCAGCACGGUACGGACGGGACGGUGGUGCGGACCAACUAUCGGGAGCUGUCGCCCGCUUCGCUGCGUAUUCAUCGCAAAUCGUCGCACGACAUCCGCAACACGCUGCUCGGACCGGACGGGGAGGUGCUGCAUCUGCACGACCCGUCCGGUAAGGGUGGCGAUGGGAUCGCCAAGAUGCCGGCCGUCGUCAAACCGAUCAAGCUGAAGAGCCUUAUCACCAAGGCGGAAUCGUACGAUACGAUGCACGGCAAGGCGUCCGAUGUGAUGCCGUGCUCGCGGGAAGUGUGCAUGGGAAGCGUGAUGACACCGCACCUCGUCGGUACGGAAGCGCGCAAAUCGGAAAUAGUGCAGCAGCAUGCGAAGGACUUUCUCGAUCAGUACUAUUCAUCUAUCCGACGAUUAAAAUCACCGGCACACGACACGCGCUGGCAGCAGGUGCAGAAGGAGGUGGAAGCAACAGGCUCCUACCAUCUGACGGAAACUGAGCUGAUCUACGGUGCCAAGCUGGCCUGGCGCAAUUCAUCCCGGUGCAUCGGACGGAUACAGUGGUCCAAGCUGCAGGUUUUCGAUUGCCGAUACGUUACGACCACCAGCGGUAUGUUUGAAGCGAUCUGCAAUCACAUCAAAUAUGCCACCAAUAAAGGAAACCUCAGAUCGGCCAUCACGAUUUUCCCACAGCGCACGGACGGCAAGCACGACUACCGCAUCUGGAACAAUCAGAUUAUCUCGUACGCCGGCUAUAAGAACGCAGACGGUAAAAUUAUCGGUGAUCCGGCCAAUGUCGAGUUUACUGAUUUUUGCACCAAGCUCGGCUGGAAGAGCAAGCGCACGGAGUGGGACAUCUUGCCGCUGGUGGUGUCGGCGAACGGGCACGAUCCGGACUACUUUGACUAUCCGCCCGAGCUGAUCCUGGAGGUGCCGCUGAGCCACCCGCAGUUCAAGUGGUUCGCGGAGCUGAACCUGCGAUGGUACGCCGUGCCGAUGGUGUCCUCGAUGCUGUUCGACUGCGGAGGCAUCCAGUUCACGGCGACCGCGUUCAGCGGCUGGUACAUGUCGACCGAGAUCGGUUGCCGCAACCUGUGCGAUGCCAACCGGCGAAAUCUCCUCGAGCCAAUCGCCAUCAAGAUGGGACUGGACACACGAAACCCAACCUCGCUGUGGAAGGAUAAGGCGCUGGUGGAGAUUAAUAUUGCCGUGCUGCACUCGUUCCAGAGCCGCAAUAUUACCAUCGUCGAUCAUCACACCGCCAGCGAGAGCUUCAUGAAGCACUACGAGAACGAAACCAAGCUAAGGAACGGUUGCCCGGCCGAUUGGGUAUGGAUUGUGCCGCCAAUGUCGGCCUCGAUAACGCCGGUGUUUCAUCAGGAAAUGGCCCUCUACUAUCUGCGGCCGUCGUUCGAGUAUCAGGAAUCAGCAAUGAAAACGCACAUCUGGAAGAAGGGGCGAGAUUCGGCGAAAAACAAGAAACCUCGCCGAAAGUUCAACUUCAAGCAAAUAGCUAGAGCUGUCAAAUUUACAUCGAAACUGUUCGGACGCGCCCUGUCCCGCCGGAUCAAGGCGACCGUACUGUACGCGACCGAAACUGGACGCUCGGAACAGUACGCCCGUCAGCUGGUGGAACUGCUCGGACACGCGUUCAACGCACAGAUCUACUGCAUGUCGGAUUACGACAUCUCAUCAAUCGAACAUGAAGCCCUGCUGCUGGUCGUGGCUUCCACGUUCGGCAACGGUGAUCCACCGGAGAACGGAGAGCUUUUUAAGAGCGGAUUGGAGACAAGAAAGAGUAAAACGCUUUUCGCCCAAGAUCUGUACGCAAUGAAGCUGCACGAGAGUGGCCACCAUCAAGCGCACAGUGAGCUCACCAUUGCCGCUUCGUCGAAAUCCUUCAUCAAGGCAAACUCGCGCAGCGAUUUGGGCAAGUUUGGCCCGAUGGGUGGUCGCAAGAUUGACCGGCUUGAUUCACUGCGCGGCUCCACCACGGACACACUUUCCGAGGAAACGUUCGGUCCACUGUCGAACGUACGGUUCGCCGUGUUUGCCCUCGGCUCGUCGGCCUAUCCCAACUUUUGCGCGUUCGGUAAGUACAUCGACAACAUACUGGGCGAGCUGGGCGGCGAGCGGCUGAUGAAGAUGGCGACGGGCGAUGAAAUUUGUGGCCAGGAGCAAGCGUUCCGCAAGUGGGCGCCGGAAGUGUUUAAGAUCGCGUGCGAAACGUUCUGUCUCGAUCCGGAGGAAACGCUCUCGGAUGCGGCCUUUGCGCUGCAGAGCGAACUGUCCGAGAAUACGGUACGGUAUGCGCCGGUUAGCGAGAACGAGCCGCUCGACCGGGCACUGUCCAAGUUCCACAACAAGAAAUCCAUGGAAUGCUCGGUGAAGCGGAAUCCAAUCAAUCUGCACUGCGAGAUGAACGGUACCGAGCGGUCCACGAUUUUGGUAGAGAUCAUGGCGGAAGGGAUCGAUUACGAACCAGGAGAUCAUGUCGGUAUCUUCCCAGCAAAUCGGAAGGAAAUUGUGGAUGGAAUUAUCGAGCGUCUGACGGGUGUUAACGAUCCCGAUGAAGAACUGCAGCUUCAAGUUCUGAAAGAAAAACAAACACAAAACGGUGUCUACAAAUCGUGGGAACCGCAUGAGCGUCUACCCGUGUGCUCGCUCCGCACACUGUUGACCCGUUUCAUGGACAUCACAACUCCACCAACCAGACAGCUGCUGACCUACCUUGCUUCAUGCUGCAGCGAUAAGGCGGACGAGGAAAGACUGCUGAUGCUAGCCAAUGAGUCGUCGGUGUACGAGGAUUGGCGCUACUGGAAGCUGCCCCAUCUGCUCGAGGUGCUGGAAGAGUUCCCCUCGUGCCGACCACCGGCAGCCGUCUUUGUCGCCCAACUGAACGCACUGCAGCCACGCUUCUACUCGAUCUCGUCCUCGCCGAGGAAGUACUCGAAAGAAAUCCAUCUAACGGUGGCGAUCGUCACGUACCGGGCGGAGGAUGGCGAAGGUGCCGAGCACUAUGGCGUGUGCUCGAACUAUCUGGCCAACCUGCAGCCGGACGAUAAGAUCUUCCUGUUUGUGCGCAGUGCGCCAUCGUUCCACAUGUCGAAGGAUCCGACCAGACCGGUCAUCCUGAUCGGUCCCGGUACUGGCAUUGCACCGUUCCGUUCGUUCUGGCAAGAGUGGGACCACAUCAAGUCGGAAAUGGUUGACUGUAAGAUUCCUAAGGUAUGGCUCUUCUUUGGCUGUCGUACAAAGAAUGUUGAUCUAUAUCGGGAUGAAAAGGAGGAGAUGGUCCAGAAGGGUGUUCUCGAUCGCGUGUUCUUGGCACUAUCGCGCGAGGAGAACAUUCCAAAGACCUAUGUACAGGAUCUGGCCCUCAAGGAGGCGGACUCGAUCUCGGAGCUCAUCCUGCAGGAAAAGGCUCACAUCUACGUCUGCGGUGACGUCACCAUGGCCGAGCACGUGUACCAGACGCUGCGCAAAAUUCUAGCGACGCACGAAAACCGCACGGAAUCCGAAAUGGAGAAAUACAUGCUGACGCUGCGGGACGAAAACCGCUAUCACGAGGACAUUUUUGGCAUCACCCUACGUACGGCUGAGAUCCACAACAAGUCACGUGCCACUGCCCGCAUUCGUAUGGCUUCCCAGCCGUAAGCGUUUGAACCGGACAGUGGCUUCACCAGUGUUGGGCGACCCUUUUAUGCAGCAAUGACGCACUCGGAAGCAAUAUAGCGGACUUUAAGCAACAAGUUUAGAUGAAUGCGAAAACGUUGGUUUUUGAAGAAACAGAAACAUUUGUUUCAAUGUUUCCUCCACUCUCAACACCACUGAGUCGCAACGAAUAUAAGGCGAAGACGAAAAGUGUAAGUGUGUUGUAAUGUCUCCUUUUCCCUCUCCCCAGGGUAGCGAGACAGUUUCCCAAUUCUACAUUUAACAAGCAGUUGAUAAGAAAACGAAAACAUUUGAGCACUUCUUUGCUACAACUCCAAUACUGCAGUUAAGUCACUCUCAACGGAGUGUUGGGGAAAGUGUACCAACAAAAUCAUUCAAAUCUUAUUGCUUAAACUGCACAUAACUAGCACCCCCUUUCGCCUUUCGAGUGCAAGUAUAUUGAGAGCGCGUACUCCAAUUGCACCCACACUUUUUCUCUCAUCUCUAAACUCUACCGACCUCUGCAUCUGGAUGUUUUUAUGAGUGUUUAAUAAAUGCACCGCCACGAUCACAUGUUGUUGUGCGCGUUCUCUCGAUGGCAUCGUGGCAAAUGUUGUAAAAGGCAAUACAUUUACAUUAGAUACAAUUUUAAAUACAUCGAAAGCAAAUUGUGAAACAUACACACACAGCAAAUACGCAAUCACGCUCUGCACCAAGCUCUGCUACACAUAGCUGCUGCUCCUGUACUUGUGUGCACCUUUUUCCGAACCGAAAAGCAAAGACAAAACACCGCACUAGAAGGUUUUUAAGAUGGGAAGUUAACAAAACGUUUUCACUGUUAAAUUUUAUCAAACCAAACUCUAAGCUAAACUCUAUCUCUCUCCCUCUCUCGAAUGUGUGAAAUAUAAGCUAGAUGCGGUGCUAUUAUAGAAAGCUGCUGCUGGUGGUGGUGAUAUGGUGAAUGUUAUUCAAACCCAAGGGGUGUGUGUGUGUUUGUGUUUUUUGGUGUGUGCGUGCGCUAGGAUAGGAAAUCCAUCAACUGAACAAAUGAAACAAUUUCGAACCGAUGUCUUAUAAUAGAUAGUUACGUUUCCGGCAAACAAACCUCUCAAACUAAAAAAAAAACAAGAAGAAACAAAACACAAGCUUUCAAAUGCACACAAAACUAGUUAAACAAAACGAAUGAACUAAGAUGCAGGUGAAUGCGAGGCGAAAGUCCUUUGACGUGAAACUGAUGAAUGUGAUCAAACUGGUAGCAAGGGUGUGGCAAACCGGUGGGAGAAGACGGCAUUGUAUUUAGAACGAGCAAGGAGUAGAAGGAAAGGAUGGAAAGAGAUAAAUAUAAGUGCAGUUUUUUAUUGUUUGUUUGCAAAUAUAUUAAUCAUCAUCAUA